CAUGCAAAUUUGCAUGCAGCCUUUUGUGCUGUGGAGGAUAAAUAGGUGACUGCUUCACCUAUUUAGUUCACAAGAAACAAAAUGCAGAAGAGGUUCACCACUCAGAAGGCAUUGGAACUGAUUCUGAGCAAUGUCAGCCCUUGUGACUCAGAUGGAGAAGACAUAGACCUUCAACCGGAUUCGGACUCAGAGCUGUCUUCAGAUGAGGAGACUCUCCCUCUACCAAAAAAGAGAGCUCGGUUGGGGAGUGAGCCGACAGAGACCGCGAAAGAUGGCACAGUGUGGCAUGAAGAACAAGUGGGGACACAUCUCCAUUUCACUCCAAUAGAACCGUACGCCACAGAUGGAGAGCCAAGCGCUAAGGCCAGACGAAGUAUCCGGAGUCGCCUUCAGAGCUUCCUCUGUUUUAUCACUCUUGACAUGCUUCGUAGCAUUCAAGAAUGGACUACUCAACAUGCAUGUCACACGGAGCAGCUGGAUUGGUUCAUGGAUCUCCCGGAAUUAAUGGCAUUUAUUUCAGUCAUUAUCUUGCGGGGGGUGACCAAGGGAUCGUUUGUCACUAACUGCAUCGCAUCCUACAACCCUGGUCGACACAUCACUAUUGAUGAACAGCUUUUCCCAUCAAAGACUCGCUGCUGUUUCCUGCAAUACAUUGCAACAAAACCGGACAAGUUUGGCAUCAAGUUUUGGGUGGCUUGCGACUUGAAAUCAAAGUACAUCUGUAAUGUCUUCCCAUAUCUUGGCAAGGACCCCAGUCGUCCCAGCGGGGAGAGACUGUCCGAGACUGUAGUGAUGAGGCUGAUGGAACCGUUCAUGGACAAGGGCAGAACUGUAACCACGGACAAUUUCUUUACAUCACUGUCACUUGCACAACGACUGCGUAGCCGGAAAACCACUAUCCUCGGCACAGUCAACAAGAGUCGCCGGGAAAUUCCUCAAUCCGCUAGACAGAUGGAUCGCACUGAAUUCACCACUCAGGUGUUUUCAACCACUGGUGCCACGCUGACAGUGUAUGCGCCCAAACGGAAGAAGGCCGUUUACGUUCUCAGCAGCAUGCACAGCGUGGUUGAGACUGAGGAUACCACCAAAAGGAAGCCAAACACGGUCACACAAUACAACAAAACAAAGUGCGGUGUGGAUGUGAUGGACCAAAUGGUGCGGGAGUACAGCGUGCGUGCAGGAACACGGAGAUGGCCAGUUGCCGUGUUCUACAACAUGAUUGACAUGGCAGCACUGAAUGCACAUGUGCUUUAUCAGGCAUGCAUUGGGGUGCAGGAGAGACGGGUGGACUUCCUGGUUGAGCUUGCAAAAGAGUUGGGUAACUCUCAUGUGAGUGAGAAGAAGGCACACAAGGAGAAACUGCUUCGGCAACAACCUUCCACACCCAGCCCAGGCAAAGGGGCGAAGUGUCAGGUCAACCAUCGAUGCACGAACAAUUGUGCAACUGUGAGAUGUGUUGACUGCUACAAAUACACAUGUGGCAAAUGUACCAGGGACAUACCCUGGCAGUGCCAGGUAUGUUCCGACAGUGCAGACAGACUGCUGAGUGAGUGCUGAAAUGCCAGUCACACAAAGACAUGCCACUCACACACACACACGCAGCCCCCCACUGUGCCUAGUGUAAAUAUGUAUGGAAUUGUUUUAUUUCUUGUAUUUUUUGUAUCGUUUUUAAUGACAAAAAUAAAAAGCAUUUAAACAAAUAACAGUUGUUCUUUUGUAUAUUUCUCAUGCUGGAAUUUCAGUCCUCUUGACUUAGACACAAAUA